CUCCUCUUUCAUCUUAUCCUUCACUCGCCACUCCUCUUCUUCCGCCUGUCAACCUUCCAUGGAUCCCUAACAUAUCCACGUAUCCAUCAGAUUCUUAGCACUUUCGACUCUAAUUCAUCUCUCUCUUAGAAAUGUGAUUUUUUCCAUUGAUUUUGGAAGAUAUAACGCCAUCUUUUUAGGGGUUUUUGUCAUUAUACAGUUUCAAUCUUCUUCAAGCAUCGAUUUCAUGGCCGGAAGUGAUCAAAUCAACCUCUCUGAAUCCAAGAGGGUUGUUCCACUGAAUACAUGGAUCCUAAUGUCUAAUUUCAAGCUGGCUUACAAUCUUCUUCGCCGGCCGGACGGUACCUUUAACCGGCACUUGGCGGAAUUUCUAGACCGUAAAGUCCCAGCCAAUGUGAAUCCUGUAGAUGGGGUUUUCUCCUUCGAUAUCGUGAUCGAUCGGACAAUCAACCUUCUCUCUAGAAUCUAUCGACCGGCUGCGAAGGAGACGGAAGGCGGUGCACCCCUGUCUACGAGUAUUGCUCAACUUGAGAAACCUGUAUCAACCUCCGAUGUCGUGCCUGUUAUAAUCUUCUUCCAUGGUGGUAGCUUUGCUCAUUCAUCUGCGAAUAGUGCUAUCUAUGACAUUCUUUGCCGCCGCCUUGUCGGUCUUUGUAACGCGGUGGUGGUUUCUGUGAAUUACCGGCGAGCCCCUGAGAAUCCUUAUCCCAGUGCCUACGAUGAUGGCUGGACUGCACUUGAAUGGGUCAAUUCGCGGCCAUGGCUUCAGAGUAAAGACUCGAAAGUUCACAUCUUUUUAGCUGGAGAUAGCUCCGGUGGUAACAUUGUGCAUCAGGUUGCUUUAAGGGCAGUGAAAUCUGAAAUCCAAGUGUUGGGAAAUAUACUACUGAAUCCUAUGUUUGGUGGAAAAACAAGAACCGAGUCCGAGAAAAGAUUGGAUUCUAGAUAUUUUGUAACGAUUCAAGAUCGAGACUGGUAUUGGAAAGCCUUCCUUCCUGAAGGUGAAGAUAGGGACCAUCCGGCUUGUAACCCUUUCGGUCCAAAGGGUGCAAGUCUUGAAGGGAUCAAGUUUCCCAAGAGUCUUGUUGUGGUUGCGGGUUUGGACCUGAUUCAAGAUUGGCAGUUGGCUUAUGCCGAUGGGCUCAAACGGGCUGGUCACGAGGUGAAACUCUUAUACUUAGAGAAGGCAACCAUCGGGUUCUAUUUGUUGCCCAAUAACGAUCACUUCCAUACCGUGAUGGAUGAGAUACAUAACUUCGUGACACCAAUCCCCGACUGUGAAUAGACUCAAAUACGCCUAUCCGUCUGGCUCUGCUACUAGUUUUAUUAGAUUGACAUACCCUUUUCAAGAUUUUUCGUUCGCAGUUUGGUAAGAUCGUGUGGUACUGCUACUGUUACUGUUACUGUUAUUGUUACUGUUACCGCUAAUUACGGUUGUACUGAUCCAGUCUUUGGAUACGGGUAUCGGCUAUGGGAUCUAUGCGUUUUGCCGAUCGAAAGAAAACCCGAAACAGUGAAGUUGGUGUUGUAUGAUAUGGUGUGGCUGAUAAGAGCCAUUGUUAACUUUUGUUUCAUGAGAUCCUUCGGUUCAAGAGUUUUCCAAGUUGUGGAGAGCAUUGAAGGAUUUAAUAGCAUAUUGUGACUGGUAACUGUGUUAGUUUUUAGCAUAUUUGUGUUGUUGAGGUUGGGGAUGAACCUUAUACUACUAUGUGUAUACAUGUUUUAAGAGCCAUAUUAUAUGUAUAAAUGUUUUCUUCUUGAA